AUGACGGGAAUCACGUGCUUGAAAUGUCCCCCUGGGACGUACUGGGUAGCAGAUUGUAUUGAAGAUUAUCACGUGUCAAAUUGUCGUAUGUGUCCGGACAAUUACUACUCUGAUGUCUACAACAGAGCGGACACUUGUCAUCCUUGCUCCGUGGCCUGCUCCGUCCUACGUAUGGUAAUUACCUCCCCUUGUACCGGAAUGUCGGAUGCCGUUUGUGAGUGUCCUGAAGGCUAUUAUUACAGUCGACGGAAAAAGGGCAAUUUUGAGGCAUGUUAUCCUCACACGCAAUGUGAUAAAGGAUAUGGUGUUACACGAUUGGGAUCCAAGACCAAUAAUACGAUAUGUGAGGCGUGUCGUCCAGGUUGUAUGUACUCAGAUGUAUCGUCUGCUACUGACCGGUGCAAGAGCUGCAGCUCGUGUGGUCCGUUCGAAGUGCUCCUUGAGUGUGGCGCCACUCACAAUACCGUAUGUGGAAUGCAGAGGACUUCCGAGGAGUAUGCCCUGAACAAAACAAUUGGAGCUCAAAAUAUACGUGGUCCAGAUUUCCCUCUAGUGGUCGUCCUAGUGCUGGUCUUUUCUAUCGUGUUGUUUGUGCUUAUCCUUGUGCUAAUAAAACUCUACUGCUGGAGACAGAAGUAUAACCAGAUGAAGGGUAUGAGCAUGAAUGCCUCCCAUCUGUAUACCGACCAUUCUUCACUACAGUACGCGUACGCUCAGGACGGCAUGUCGUCAUUCUACUUCAGUGACGCCUCCAGCAUCGCACCAAGUAUGAGGUCAGUAGAAGGAGACUUUGUCAUACUGUGA